UUCGUAUAAUCUUGGGCGCAAGUGUGAGUGGCUGCGUAAUCGGAGUCGAUAUUUUAACUAAUACUUGCGAUGAAUCGAAAUUGGCUUGGUCUAUUCUCGCUGCGAUAGUAAUAAAUACUAUGCCAUUCGCGACACGAGUCAAGCUGGGGACGAUAAACGCUUUAUCUUGAAUGAGGAAAACUUGAGUCUCAAAACCUUUUGCUGCGAUGGCAAAUGAUGAUGCUUUUGAUACCUUGGCGCUAGAUAUCAAGAAGUAUUAAGGGUACUAUUGAAUUGAUACAGAAAGAGUGUACCAAUUCAUCCAAUGAUUACGUUGAUGAAAUCCUCUUCUCAAAAGACCAUGGUGUGGUGAUCACUGGAGAAAUGACAGAAGAAAAUCCUGGACGGGCUCAAGGCUUCAGUCGUCCGACAGACCCAUGGUUCUAUCUCCAUGUUCAGGAAAAGACCAGCCCUUCUUCUGGUCCAGCCACAGAGUUCAUUCCUCUUCCAGAAUACAUUUUCCGAUAUGAUAGGGGGGGCUUUUGGGUCGGCGGUUCCGCUUUUGAUUACUUCGGUGCCCCUUUCAAUAAAUUGACUCGUCAGUACCUGGAUGACUUCAUGCAUACUCGAAUGCUUUACGAAGCUUUGCAUGCUAGCAGGGAAUCAAGCCGAUACAUAGUCCAAGACCUUGCGUUACCUUACUCGACUGUGGAGGCCUUCAUCGACUACACGACGAAGAGCUUCGACAUUUGGCCGCUCUGGCUAUGUCCUAUUCAACAAACCGAGUCCCCAACAUUCAAUCCACGCAUAGCUCCCAUACAGCAGCAGAUAGAUAGAAAGACAAUAUCGCAAUUCAUCAACAUCGGACUCUGGGGUUUUGGACCACAAGAUCGCGCGGCUUGUAUGGUGCUUAACCGGGACCUUGAAUAUCGUCUUCACAAGGAGUUUGGUGGUAUUAAAUGGUUAUACGCGCAUACCUAUUACACAGAAGAAGAGUUAUGGAAUAUUUAUGACAAGAAUGCGUAUGACACACUGAGGAGGAAGUACCGUGCCAGUACAUUACCCUCCGUGUAUGAAAAGGUCAAAGUUGACUUUGAGGAAACCUCAAGGAAAGAAAGAGAGGAAUAGGGACCGUGGGUAUUGUCCUUCUGGCCUCUGGGUGGACUCUGGGGCAUCAAGAAGGCUAUCGACAGUGGGAAAUAUUUGCCACGAUGUCCACCCUGGCGGAAUCUAUAAUUAAGCUGUAUAAAGUUGUUAGAUAUAUACGCGAUGUUCCUCUUUAGUACGAAUUUUUAUCUAGUAUACUAUUUUUGAAUUUAAUAAUAGGUACUGAAUAGAAGCCGGUUUCUAUAG